GGAAAGAAGAAGAUUCAUCGUCACAAAUCUUGAAAUUAUAUUGUGUGUGAAAAGAAUAGUUGAGGAAAAAUGUGUGGAGGAUCUGUUCUUUCAGAGUUUAUCCCCAGCAGGGGAAUGAAGGCAGAGGAGUUCUGGGCCAUCUUUGCUAACACCCAUGAUAUUAAUUUCACUGAAAACUAUGGGAUUCCUCCAAAGGAACAAGUUUCAGCACAGCCAAGCUCAAGUUCCAGUGUGAAAGGAGGAGGUGAGAGUAAGGUGGGAGGGAGGAAAAGGAAGAAUAUGUACAGAGGAAUAAGGCAGAGGCCAUGGGGCAAGUGGGCUGCUGAGAUAAGGGAUCCUGCCAAGGGUGUUAGGGUUUGGCUUGGGACAUUCUCUACUCCUGAAGAGGCUGCAAGAGCUUAUGAUUCUGCUGCAAGGAGGAUUAGAGGUAAAAAAGCUAAGGUUAAUUUUGUUGAAGAAACUCCUGCUACUUGUAACUUGAAGGACUUGCAGGUAAAGACUAUGAACAAUUGAUAGUUGUUCAUCAACAUUUUGCAGUCAUGUAUCUGAACAUAGAUUGUUUUUGAUUAAAUUUGAUUUUGAGGCAUUAAAUUUGUUCACUUUCCUGAAGGAUGGUGUGCCUCUUGUAUUUAAAAGCUUCAUGAAAUGGCCAUGGUGGUUGUGGCUGGACAAGUUAUUUGAAUAGUUAACUAACUUCAUUGACUAAGA